CAUAUGCAGCGGCUCCUCGUCAUCCUCACUGUUACACUGAGACACACAGACACACGAGAUCUAUUCAGCAUCACGGUCGGAAUGGAGAUGCUGAACAAUCGACUCAAAUAAGGAAAAGUCCUCGCAGAGAUCAAGAUGGUGUCGUGGAUCAUUUCGCGGAUGGUGGUCCUGGCCUUCGGGACCCUCUACCCAGCCUAUUCCUCUUAUAAGGCUGUGAAGACGAAAAACGUCAAGGAGUAUGUGAAAUGGAUGAUGUACUGGAUAGUGUUUGCGUUAUUUUCGACAGCAGAAACGAUCACAGAUAUGCUUCUCUCUUGGUUUCCAUUUUAUUUUGAGCUGAAGAUUGCCUUUGUUAUCUGGCUGUUGUCCCCGUACACCAAGGGCUCCAGUGUGCUGUACCGCAAGUUUGUGCACCCCACACUUUCCAAUAAAGAAAAGGAAAUUGAUGAGUGAUUAGCCCUUGUGAGGUUUGGGAUGAGAGUUGUAGAUAUUGCUGCAGUCACAGCAGCCACAAAGGGUCAGGGUGUGUUAUCAGAGAAGCUGCGCAGUUUCAGCAUGCAGGAUCUGACUCUGAUUCAGAACGAAGACGAGCUGCAGCUGGACGGUGCAGACGACACACACACUGCAGCCACGCUACCUCGGGCUAAAACAGUCACGCGCACAGUUCGUGCCACACCCAUACCGGCUGACACUGAAUCACAGCACAGCUCUCGCUCUGAGGAACAGGCAGAUAGCAGGACGGAGCAUUCAGAUGAAGAUGCAGCAGAUAAGGCCCCUAAACGCACCGCAAGCGUCAGAGCAGCCAAGAAACCAGUCGCUGCCAAGACAGAGACAACCAAGACAGUGAAGAAACCGCCAAAGAAGAAAGCCACCGCCACGGCCAACAACAAUGCUGAAUCACCAUGAGUCACAUUGCGUUUAUCCAUCCCUGGACAACACACACACGCUCACAUGCUUUCCCAUACUAACAUUAGUGCUCUUCGCUUUUAUAGAAACAUACUGACCCUUGCAGAUACACACACUCACACAACCACAUAAGAUGCAUGCAAGAUGCAAAAUGUGGUGAGUAAGUUAAGACGUCAGGCUUCAUGCAUUCAUUUUAUUGUGUUGUGCGUGUGUUUCAAGCAAGGCUGGGUUUUGUCUUAUUCUCUGUAGGCCUUAAUAUUAGAGGGCAUCUCUGUAAAGCAUGAGAUCAGAAAGCAGUGCCUGCACAUGAUCAUACAUCAACACUACUGAACCCACAGUAUAUCCCUUAUAACCACAGAUUUCAUGCUUGUUUUCCAUAAUUGAGGCCAUUUCACUUUAUUUAGCAAGUAGGACACACACUAUGGGACGAACAAGAAAUGGGAACAGAAAAAUUGCAAUAGACUUGAUUUACAGCACAGCGUCCAUAGAGAGUUCUGGAGGCGCCCAGAGCACCUCUGUUCUCAUUCCGGGUCACAGAACAUCCCGAGCCUGAGAUUUGUUGUGAAUAUUCAUGAUCGGAGAGGUCAGGUGUCUACUGGAAGCUGCAGGCACUCGAACGCUCUUGCUGUUAAUAGCGCUUUUGUCAGCCACGGCUAGAGGCGUUCAGAGCAAAUAAGCUGUCCCUUGAGCUAAUUUUACAUUCGUGAAGCGUGAUGUCACACAUUUUGAACAUUUAUAAGACAUUUAUCCAAGUGGUAGAUGAGAUGGCAGGAUUGUGUCAUCUGGUGUUUUGGUAUGGCGCAAGAUGAAAACAGAAUCACAUUUUGGCCAGUAAAGGAAGAGUAAUGAUUUUAAGUCAGCUGUUUCAGUUCAAGUUGAUUUGGAACUGCAUGUAACCCUAAAUCCUGAUGUGUGCAGUUGUGUUGUGAAUUGAAGGAUUUGAUCUUGACUUCAACUGCGGUUUGAAGUACGCAGUACUGCUGAGAGCUGGUAGGGGGCGCUGCUGUACAGGAAAAGAGCGCAGUGCUCUUCUGUCAGACUGAAUGAUUUUACACAUGGGUGGAGAGAGGUUUUGAAUUAUAAUGUGUUUAAAUCAGUUUGUUAAAUAGCUAAAAUUAAUUAGCCGGAACAUGUUAAUUUGAAUAAUAUUAUUGGCUGUACAAAAUUGUCUGCCUUACUCUGAUAGGCUUUUUAAGUUGAACAUUUUUCUUUUUCGAAGUUUACAUUUAGUUUUUCACUUUAGUAGGGUAAGAUGUACAGAAACAUGUUUUUCAUUUUUUAUUUUUUUGUAAAAAGUGCUGUUUUGUGCAUAUUUGUGCGGUGUUUUAAUUUACAAGGUUGUGUCUUUGCCUUUUUUGUAUAGAAACGAGACUUUGCUGUUUGCUUGUAUAGGAAGAAAAGGGGACAGUUGUGUGUGGGAAGGACUGAUGAUCAUUUUACAGAACAUAUGUCAGUCUCUACAUUAUUAGCAGAUUAGUUUAAUCUGUUUAGAUGCAGAUUUGUCGUCAUGACACAUUGCUGUCUUUACUAUCAUCAUGAUUUUUAAUUCAGUGUUUGGCAACUUGACAUUUUCUGUGUCUCUUGAGUAAUUCGGUUUUUAAAAAUAAGUUUUUUUUUUCUUUUAAUUAAAUGCUAGUGUGGUUGAUGUUCGCCAACUCACACAGAAAUGACAAGUCAGUCUCACUUCUCAUUCUUUCUUUGUUCCAUACUGUUUUUCGCUUCUUUCUCCCCUUUGUUCAGUUUUUGUUAUCUGCAUAAAUAUAAUUCACAAUGACUUUUUUUAUUCACCAAGGCCCACACUGAAAGAGACAUGACAAACUGAACAUAUUUUCUUUUAUGUUUUCUGUAAUGUGUUGGAAAUUGGUAUUAUUGCAUACAGAUUUGAGCUGUGAGAGAAUAGUCAACAUUAAUAUAUUGUUUGUGCCAAUUAUCAACGCUCUUAAUAUAUUAAAAGAAUGACAAAGAAAGAGAUUGCUGCUAAGUGUGUACUAACUGACCUUAAAUUAUUAUUCAAUAAAAUGCAAUUACAUCCCUAA